CCAGCCCUCCCCCAGCUGUCCUACAGCAGACUGGGGUUCCCACACAGGUGGUCCAGCAGGUCCAGGCAGCACAGCAGAAUUUUGUUUCUGAAUCAUUGAAAACAUAUCAGACUCCGAAAGGUUCAGGCCCAAAUAGAGCUCUCCAAAGUAUUUGGUAUCAAGUUCAUUUCUAUUCUACACAAUUUACACACUACACAGUUUACAGAAGGUGUAAAUGGAUACAAACACAGUGAAAUGCUUAAAUGUUUAAAAGUAGAUACUGAUAAAAACAAAUAUUUAGACAAUAAGAUAUACAAUAGUUAUGUAACAAGUCACAUAUUUAUUUGUCCUACAUUAAAAUGAGUGCAUUAGCCAGCAGGACCUGGAAACCCCAUUACAGUAUAAAUCAUCAGUCUUAACUAGCAUUAUCAGAUUCUCAACUAAUGGUACAGAAUUUGGGUCGCAGAAUAUUUUGCAAGUGCCUGACCCACCAAAAAAUGAUAUAUUUUCCUUAAUUUAAGGAAAAACGAUUUUUUACAGUUAAUAACACCAGGCAGAAAGUGUGUAAAAAUGAAGAUGAACAUAUGCUUUUACAUAAAUAAAUUAAACAUCUCCCAGCAGACUCCCUUGACUUGCAGAUCAUAGCCAGAUAUUCACAUGGGGAUCUGGGCCAAAACUUGUGCUUUUUUCCACACUGCUCUUCCAACCAGAAAGUAAUAUGGGCGAGUGUGAGCAAUGAUAUCAUUCAGUCCUCACCACACCCAUGUUGACCAUGUUACAGAGGGCUAUGAGUGUUGCUAGCAGAUAUGUUGUGGGCUCAGUUAUUCCUACCCUGUGUACGUUUAUGUUGUGUUGUGGUUUUGUGUCCGCAGAGGUCAGUGGUGCAGGCCACGUCCCAGAUCACAGCCAAGACUGAACAGGGCACCUCCCAGCUGAGUGUCACCAACCUGCAGCCUGUCCACCUCACACAGGAGGUUCAGCAGCAGCUCCAGCAGGUUCCAGUGCAGCAUGUGUACACCAACCAGGUGCAGUAUGUUGAAGCAGGAGACACCAACUAUUCCACAAGCACCAUUCGUUCGGGCAGCAGCUUCUCCUACACAGACACACCCCUGUACAACCAGACCACCGGUGCCCCGUACUACGAAGCCCCUCCCACGUCCGAGUCACAGGUCACAACCACCGGCACACCCCUAACUGUCUCCGUGACGACGGGCUCCUCCGGCACCGUGUCCAUGUUCGUGGCUGGCACAGGUCAGAUCGUGGCCAACCCCGCUGCCACGACUGCAGGCGGAGCCACUGUGGUGGCAACUGGGGGAACAGCCAAUGGGGCUGUAGAAGGGGCGGGAGCUAAUGGAGGCGGGGGCAGCUAUGUGAUCCAGGGGGGCUACAUGCUGGGAGGCAACGGGGGCAACAACAGUCAGGGGGGCUACGCACACAACGCCCGCUCUUCACCUGCCACCGUGAGCAUAACCGAGGGAGAGGAGAGCAGCGGUGUGCCGUCAGCAGACAAAAAGGUGCAGUGGCUGCUAGACAACUACGAGACAGCAGAAGGCGUCAGUCUGCCUCGCUCCACCCUCUACUGCCACUACCUGUUGCACUGCCAGGAGCAGAAACUGGAGCCUGUCAACGCUGCCUCCUUUGGGAAGCUGAUCAGGUCCGUGUUCAUGGGGCUACGCACGCGCCGUCUUGGCACCCGAGGGAACUCCAAGUACCACUACUAUGGCCUGAGGAUCAAGGCCAGCUCCUCUCUGAUCAGACUGAUGGAAGACCAGCAGCACCUGGCCAUGAGACAGCAGCCCUUCUCUCAGAAACAGAGGUUGAAGCCGGUGCAGAAGAUGGAGGGAAUGUCCAAUGGCAUGGCAGCAGGCUCAGGGCAACAGCAACAACAGCAGCAGGGGGCGGGGCUGUCUGAUAUCAGCGCACAAGUCCAGCAGUACCAGCAGUUCCUGGAUGCUUCCCGGACCCUUCCAGAAUUCCCUGACAUUGACCUGCAGGGCAAGGUCCUCCCAGAGGGCAUAGAGCUGGAGCACAUCAAGAGCUUCCAGCUGCUCUAUCGGGAACACUGUGAGGCCAUACUGGACGUGACGAUCAAUCUGCAGUUCACCCUUGUGGAGACCUUGUGGAAGACCUUCUGGAGGUUUGCAGAGAACCGGAGUGGAGACACUGGUACCCUGGCUGUGCAUGAUGAGUGUGAGAAACGCCUGCCCAAGGAGUGUCUGGUGAUCCUCUGUAAGUACGACCCUGUGCUGCGCUGGAGUCGCCACUGUGACAACAACCUGUACCAGGGCCUGGUGGAGAUCCUCAUCCCAGAUGUCCUGCGGCCCAUCCCCAGUGCCUUAACUCAAGCCAUUCGUAACUUUGCCAAGAGCCUGGAGAGCUGGCUGACCAAUGCCAUGAUGAACAUCCCUGAGGAGAUGGUCCGCAUCAAGGUAACAUCGGCCAGUGCUUUUGCCCAGACCCUGCGUAGGUACACCUCUCUGAACCACCUGGCCCAGGCCGCUAGAGCCGUGCUGCAGAACACAGCACAGAUCAACCAGAUGCUCAGCGACCUCAACCGCGUCGACUUUGCCAAUGUUCAGGAGCAGGCAUCGUGGGUGUGUCGCUGUGAGGACCGGGUGGUGCAGCAGUUGGAGCAGGACUUCAAGCUGACCCUGCAGCAACAGAACUCCCUGGAGCAGUGGGCUGCCUGGCUGGACGGCGUCGUCUCCCAGGUCCUAAAGCCGUACCAGGCCAGUGCUGCUUUCCCCAAGGCCGCCAAGCUCUUCCUGCUCAAGUGGUCCUUCUAUAGUUCCAUGGUCAUUAGAGACCUGACUUUGCGCAGUGCUGCCAGCUUUGGGUCCUUCCACCUCAUCAGAUUGCUGUAUGAUGAGUACAUGUACUAUCUCAUAGAGCACCGAGUGGCCCAGGCUAAAGGAGAGACGCCUAUCGCCGUCAUGGGGGAGUUUGCCAGUCUUGGCAGGAGCUUGAACCCCCUGGAUCCAGACAAAGAAGAGGAAGAGGAGGAGGAGGAGGAGAGUGAUGACGAGUGCCAGGAGCUGUCUCUGCCCUCGGAUGGGACGGGGCUUGGGGAGGAGUCUCUGGAGCCACCUGCCAAGCUGGCCAGAACUGACCAGAGAGUUCUAUUCACCACUGGCCAAGACUGACCAGAGAGUUCUAUUCACCACUGGCCAAGACUGACCAGAGAGUUCUGUUCACCACUGGCCAAGACUGAUCAGAGAGUUCUAUUCACCACUGGCCAAGACUGACCAGAGAGUUCUGUUCACCACUGGCCAAGACUGACCAGAGAGUUCUAUUCACCACUGGCCAAGACUGACCAGAGAGUUCUGUUCACCACUGGCCAAGACUGACCAGAGAGUUCUGUUCACCACUGGCCAAGACUGACCAGAGAGUUCUGUUCACCACUGGCCAAGACUGACCAGAGAGUUCUGUUCACCACUGGCCAAGACUGACCAGAGAGUUCUAUUCACCACUGGCCAAGACUGACCAGAGAGUUCUGUUCACCACUGGCCAAGACUGACCAGAGAGUUCUGUUCACCACUGGCCAAGACUGACCAGAGAGUUCUAUUCACCACUGGCCAAGACUGACUACACACACUUGCAGAGUUAGAUUUAUAUGAACACACAUACAAAGUAAUUUAUAGAUACAGUACACACAUAUCUGCUUAAACAUACACAAUACCGACCAGAGGUCUUCUUGGAUCUUGAGAUUGAUAUCCAAGCCAAGUCGUAUACGUGAAAUGUUAAUCAGACCGACAGGUCCGGUCAUUAAAAAAUGUCAUCAAUUUCUGACUGGGAUCCGAGGAUGACUACAUCUCGUCAGAAACAUUUCUAAGAUUGUACCCAAAUUUAUUGUGAAAUACAUGCUUUAUUGUCGUGCAAGCCCGCCAAAUUGUUUUGACUUGUCUGGCAGUGAAUGUUCAUGUUUCACAUGCACUGUAUGUUGUAGACUGGCCUAUAUAAUUAAUGAUAUAUGUAUAGCUUAGAAUUUUAUAAUAUCUCUCACUGAAAAUGUUGAGAGAUGAAAGGAAGUGGAAUGUGUGUAUCUGGUGAAAACGCACCACACUUCUCUGUACUGAAUCCACUCUCUCGUCUAUUGCUAAUUUGUGCAUAUGUAUUUAUUUUUAUAUGUAGGUCAGUUUCUUGAGCACGCAAAGUAACAUACCUGGCCUGGGCACAAAUGAAAGACAAUAAUUCAAAUGCAUUUUUUAAAUAUUUUCUAUAAACCACCAAGUAAAAAAAGAUCACAUCUUCUGAUCCAAUACCUCCAAUGGAAACAUCAUAAAAUAGGCUACCAAGAGCAAAAAGCUAUCUCCAGCCUAGUGGUGCAUAAAACAGCCAGUUGAAACAACGCUGCAUAGGCCUUUGCAAGUUCAAUAUAACGAAUGGUCAAACCAGACAGGCGGAGGAGAGAAAAAUUCGGAUAGUACCAGAUGCCAUGUGUGGCAAAUGUGAUUUGAUGAAGACAUUUAUUAUACAACAUUCGGACAUUCUCCUUUAAUAUAAUUUCAGAUCUGUGGCUACAGAGCGUAAUCCACUAUGUAAUCUCAAACUUUAUAUGACCCAGUCAGAAACGCGAUCGGCUCUCUGAUGUUCAGAUGUUUAUGUCCUUUAAGACCUCUGAUACAUACUCAUAUUUACAGUUUGUACACACAGCUGUGUGCAGAUACUGUACGCAUACAGACACUGAGAACAUUGCUGCAGACUCCAACACAUUUCUACCAGUGUACGCACACACACACAAUCCCACUAAGGUCUGUAUGGCACAAAUCUGCUGUAAGCACAGACAGACCACAUACACAGAUGGACAUACAGUGACCGGUCUGGCAUUGCUGAAGCAAUGUUACACAGUGAACUUCAACAGACAGAGUGAAGAGAGACUUUUGUCACUUUGAUGAAUCUGUGUAUUAAACAAAGACUUGCCAUGGUUUUCAGUGUUGGCACUGACCAUAGAGCAACCCAUUGCACAUGCAAACUUGGGCUGCCCUCCUAAAACGGACUGCUGUACCAAGGUGGUCCUGACGUUUUGAUGGUUACAAUUCGUCCUAUCUCAACCCUUCUGUACAGAACGAAACCAAGGGACUGAAGAGGAUGAUUCUGCAGUUUUAGGUUGUCUGUUAAGCUGUCACCCCUGUGUUAAUCAAAGCCCAAGAGUCAAUCAGGAGGAGCUGGAGCCUGUAGCUGAUCGCAGUAAGGGAAGAUGUUGUGUGUGUGUGUGUGUGUGUGUGUGUGUGUGUGUGUGAUUGCGAGCGUGAGAGUUUGUGUUUGUGCGUAUGUUUAUGCCCUGUAGUGUGUUGCCGUGUGUGUGCACUGGGGUCUUACUGCUGUGCUGUAUUUCUAGGGUGCAAAUGAACGUGUUGUUUUUUGUGAUUGUGUGUGUCUUGUAAAGUGGGUCUGAUUUUACGAUUGUUAAAAGAGAAUUUUACUUUUUUACACUUGAUAUUUGAUGGUUCCUCACCCUGAAAGUGGUUUAUGGGCCAAGAGAUACUCAACUCUCUGGUUCAGUUUUAAGUUGGUUUGAACAAUGAACAGACUCACACUUUCACAGAUUUUUAGCAGUGGCUAAACUUAGCUGACAUUUGUAAUGGUUGUUUAAAGGGGAACAUCAAGUCACAUGAUGAUCCAUCUGGAAAGUCAUGUAAACAAAUAAUUUGUUUGGAAGACAAAAUGAGUGACAACUGAUUGUCCCUCCCCAAAUAACUUGCUGCACAAUCAUUAUUCCAUUGUGUUUGUGUUGUUGCUAGUGGUGAUUCUUAAUGGCUGUUGAAAGAACUGAAUCUUGGUUUACAGUAUCUUUCCCCCCCAUGGACUUCAGGUUGAAGAACUAUCUAACAUCAAUUAUCAAAAAGUGCAAUUCUACUUUAAGUCUUUGCCUCAGAAGACAUGUUGGCAGUUUAUUUGGUGGAUAUUUUCAAAGGCACUAAGAAUCAAUUUGGAGAAUUAUUUAAAUUAAAAUGUUCCUUUCCUGAAAAAAAGAGUGUUAGGGUAUUGGGGUUUCUUUUACACACAAAUGAUAAAACCGUUGUUCACAGGCAUAUCCAUGUUAGCCCGAUUCAUUUUUCUCACCUGCACAGAAUGUCCCUUGACUGCUGAUGAAUGUGCAGUUCUAUAAGAGGGGCUUAUAUAAACUAAUAUACGGUAUAUUUAUGUGUUCAAGUGCUUCAUUGGUUAUUGUUGAGCUGUUUGUGGCCUCUUGUGGUCAACACAUUUAAUUGAUCCAGCCUUAUUUGUUUUUCUUAAUUUCUAUGCCAAACAUUUCUGAUUUACACUUUUUUUUUUACAUGUUCAAAGGAGGGGUGUGCUGGACUGUGUUAAGAUGGGUUAUAGUAAUAUAGUAGUCCUGCCAUUUCCUUUACUUUUGGCCACAAAGUGAACCUUUCCUUGAAUGGUUAAUGUGUGUGUAUGUGUAUUUAUUGAUUGUUUUUGAGUUUGAGUGCAUGUUAGAUUGAAGUUAUCCUAAAGUGAGCUCUCUACAUACCCAGGCCAAGCCCUGCUAAUGUAUUCUUAAAAAACCCUUUACAACAGGUGCCACUGUUGUGUAGGUUUAUAGCAAACAGAUCUGGGAUCAGGCUUGAUGUGAACCUGGACAGGUCAGCCAGUCAGCACCGUCACCUUAUGUUCCUCUGCCUCUCUCACUCAUUUCCUACCUUCCUGACAUGUUUUUUUGUUGUUAUUGUUAAAGCCAUUUUCAUAAAACAUUGUCCAGCACUAUUGUUUUGAUUGUUGAAAACAUAUUGCUUUAACAUUGUCAUAAAAUGUCACAUGGGACAUUUUCAAUGACGGCAAAGCACUUUGUCUUUAGCAGGCACAGUGGGCCUUUAAACCAGCAUGUUUAACCCUUUGGGUUGUCUACUGCUUCCACAGCUGAUGACAUAUCUCUCAGUGUUACAGAAGUCAUCUACCUGGAUUUCAGCUAUCAUAUAGGCGAUUAAAAGCAUAACAUUAUUAUUUGUCCAAAUUCAAGUCAAUGAUUCAUCUCAUCUAGUAAUUCUAUGUAUAUGCCGUUAAUCUUACCGGACAGGGGAAAUCCAUACAACUUUUGAAAAACUGGGCCCUGAGAAUUUUCCCAUGAGAUGGACAUUCCUUUCCAGACAAAGUUUUUUUUAUUUAUUGAAAAACACAGACAAAUGUUUUGUCAUUUUUAUAGUGUUUAGUUUCUUAAAAAUAGUGUAUUGUGUGGCACUGUUUUAUGAAUUUGGUCAAUUACAAGUAUGACUGUGCCUUUGGGAGGUUGUAGAAUGCAAUUCAGAUGUUUUUAAUUUUAAAGAUAUAAAAUAAAUAAUUUUUAA